AUUGAUCUUGGCUGAAUAACAUACAAUAUUUUGUUCACUGUUAAUGUCAGACUGAAACAAGUUCAUUUACUCUGUAUUAUACUGUAGUCCAGGGGUGAAGUGGUAAACUUUGGGAGGGUUAGAGAUUUUUUUCUUUUCUUCUUUCUUAUAUUGUAUACGGAGAAUGCUGCAAUAUCUGUAGUAUAUUUUACUAUAGCUCCUGGUGCUUUUCUCAAGCAGCAAAGAGCACUAGACAGAGGUACAGUAUGCAUGGAAUGUCCAUUACUUUGCACUCAAAUACGGCGGGCAAUUUAAAGACCCGUGUCUUUGGAACAUGGGAGGAAAUGGAAGGAUCUGGAGGAAUCUUGCACGACAUGGGGAGACUGAAAAUUCUACACACCAAAAGAUUAUGUUUAACUUUACUGAUCGCAGGAGGGAAUUCUGGGAAGUAGCAAUAAUACUCACUGAGCCACCAUACCUCUCUUUUUGCUGCAACGCAUUUUAAAAUAAAGCUUACCUGUGCUGCUUGUGUAAAAUGUCACUUAUAAUCAAUGCCCCUGCAGUAACCUCUUAUGUAUUUAAUGUGUCGUUGAUUGCGGAGCCUAUCCCAUUUGGUAGAAUGUAGUCUGGGGUGUUAAAAUAAGCAGGAUUUCUCCGUUAGCUGAGUUAACUUAAGAUAGAAGUGAUGAUUGUCCAGUAAGACUUUAAGUAAGGAGCGUUCCUAUUGCACAAUCAUAACUUCUAUCUUAACCCAGCUAACUGAGAAAUCCUGGUAUCACUCUAGUGGGGAUGCCAAGCUUGUACAUAGUUGUCACAUUCAUAGGUGCAUUAAAUUGAUAUCCUAGGUUGCUCCACGCUCGCAGAUUUGCAUACGGUCUGAGGGUUGUGCUUUGUGGCGUCACGAGGGCUGUGCCGUUUGCUUGGGGGCGUGUCUAUUCGCGAAAUCCCGGAAGUACUAAUGUUGGCGCGUGUUGGGGAGAAACAGCAGCGAAACGGCCAACAUGAUUUCAAUCUCCAAAAAGAAAGAGAGAUCCGACGGAUUGGUGUGCUACUUAGAUUGUAUUUCAGAUCUGAAAUGCUUCUCUCCAGCACUUCGAGUGUGACAGUUUGUCUCUAGCUAAAGGAUCAUACCUGACGUGUUUCGUAUUUAUUUUACAGGCUGCUGUAUUCUCUGACUUUGUCAGAUAGCAUGCUAAGUGGGUUACAUUGGCCAAUUAAUUGAAUUCUGUUCAUCAAAUGCUGCGAAUUUAUGAAACGUAGCAUACGAUGCAUCUCCUUGAUUAUAUAGGUAGUACGAGGGAAAUAUAGACACUUUGUGGUUUAAGUUGUGCUGACGAGAAAGCCAAAACUGUCUGCCUAUUCAACAUUAGCAGUAGUUCACCUAGAAUCGGCCUGUGGAAAAAGUGACAGCAUGGAAGCGAAAAACACAGCCGCUACUUUCGGGAGCGGUUUCCUGUCCAGAAUGGCUCUUAAUGACAACAAAGCUGGUAUGGAGGGAUUAGACCGGGACAAAAUCAACAAGAUUAUCCUGGAGGCGUCCAAGGGCUCCAGGUUUUAUGAAAACGAGCUGAAGAAGGAACAGCAGGUGAACCAGCGCAUUGGGAGGAUGAUGAAGCAGACGGCUCAGAUUACAGAGCAGCAACUCCAGAGUGCCCAGACACAGGUAGACAAGCUGACAGCUGCACUGGAAAGGGGUCGGGAGUUGGGUCGAGUCAUCGUGCAUGUGGAUAUGGACGCAUUCUAUGCUGCUGUGGAGAUGAGGGAUCGGCCUGAGCUGAAGGAUAAACCAAUGGCAGUAGGUUCCUGGAGUAUGCUGUCAACUUCCAAUUAUCAUGCAAGGAAGUUUGGAGUUCGUGCAGCAAUGCCUGGUUUUAUAGCAAAAAAGCUUUGCCCAAACCUGAUUAUUGUCCCCCUCAACUUUGAGAAGUACAGAGCAGUGAGCUUAGAGGUACGCGAGAUCUUUGCAGAAUACGACGAGAACUUUCUGCCCAUGAGUCUGGAUGAGGCAUACCUGGACAUCACCGAUCACCUGGUGCAGAGACUGAGCUGGCCGGACUCCAUGAGGACACACCACCUGCGUUCAGCAGGCGAUGGGGAAAGGAAGGAGCAACCAGCACCCGAUGAUCUGUCCCCGGUUCUGUUUGAGGACAGUCCCACUGCAUCAGCCAGCCCCUGUGAUGCACUAGGCGCUGUCGUGUUUGGGAUGAGCGCCGAAGAGGCGGUGCGAGAGAUGCGCUUCCGGAUUGAGCAGAAGACGGCGCUGACAGCCAGUGCAGGCAUUGCCCCAAAUAUGAUGCUGGCAAAGGUUUGCAGUGACAAGAACAAACCAAACGGCCAGUACAGGAUCCCAGCCGAGCGGCAGACAGUGAUGGACUUCAUCCAGGAUCUCCCCAUACGCAAGGUGCCAGGUAUUGGAAAGGUGACCGAGAAGAUGCUGAGUGCUCUGGAAAUCACCACUUGUGCCGAGCUCCGUCAGAAAGGGGCUCUGCUCUCCCUGCUUUUUUCCGACACUUCAUGGCAUCAUUUCCUGCAGAUCUCAUUAGGCCUGGGAUCCACAAAUGUCGAAAGGGAUGGUGAGAGAAAAAGCAUGAGCACAGAAAGGACAUUUGCUGAGAUGAGCGAUGCAGAGGAACAGUACGGUUUAUGCCGUGGGCUCUGUAGAGACCUGUCCCAGGAAUUGCAGAAGGAGGGCCUGAAGGGCAAAACUGUGACCGUGAAGUUGAAGAAUGUUAACUUUGAGGUGAAGACCAGAGCUUUGACCCUGUCAUCCGUGGUAUCCACAGAGGAGGAGAUCUUUGCUGCCGCUAAAGAUCUCCUGAAGGUUGAGAUUGACCAUGUUAGCCCCCAUCCUCUCAAGCUGAGGCUUAUGGGUGUUCGGGUGUCUGGGUUUGUCAGCACAGAUGACAGGAAACCCCUUCAGAAGAGCAUCAUCAGCUUUCUACGUACAGGCCAGUCAGAAUCAGGAGGAGCUACUCCACACAUAAGCCUUGAACAUGGGGUCACUAAUGUCAGUCCAGAAAAGGCUUCCAAUCUGAUGCAUCCAGACACAGUGUGCAGUCAGCAGGCAGCCACUCUUCAUUUGGCUGAGCAGCUCAGUACUGGCCAGAUGAAACAGGAAGUAUCGAAGCCAGAAUCGGGGCCUAAGAGAAACCCGGAGUCUUUCUUCCAGAGGGCACACAGGCUCCGUGUACAGGCUAAGCAGGAGGAAUUCCCAGGCGUUAGUGAUACUGGUCAUGUCUUACUGAAUCCAAUAAGGACAGAGUGCUUCACGUGUCCUGUGUGCUUCAGGGAGCAGGAAAGCACAGAUCUGGCGAUGUUUAACAGACAUGUGGACAAGUGCCUUAGUGGGUCCUCCAUAGCGCCCGGGGAGAAAGAUGGCAGUGUAGAUGCUGUGGGGAACUGUGUCUGGGAAGGAGAAGGGAGCUGGCAGGUACAUCUGAAUAAUGCAAGCCAAGACAUCACUGAUCAAAGGAAGGGCAGCAACAAACUGCAUGGAGCCUCGGGGCCGAAGAGCACGCGUCUGCAAGCCAUUUCAGAUAGAAAGCCUGUCGGACCCGCUGCCCCUGGUGGACUGCUAUUUAAGCAAACAGAAAAAAAUGAACCCAGCCUCUGUGUUCCUGGCCCUUCAGGUUCUGACUUCCAGAAUUCAAGCAGGCGUUCCACCGCUUGUGACACCAUUGUUACUGAUUUUCAUGGUUGCUAUGGAGAUGACGACAGGACUUUUCCUGGUGGAGAGACUCCUGCUGAGGCAGCGUGUUUGGAUCCCCAAAACCCGAAUCUCGUCUGCCCUGUCUGCAGCGUGCCGCAAGAUACCACCGACCUCGUCCUCUUCAAUCGUCACGUGGACGUUUGUCUUAGCCAGGGUAUCCUGCAGGAGCUUGGCCAACACGUAGCAGUGAGCAAUCCCAGCAGUCCAUCAUGCACCAAAGUCAAAGGAUUUCCCAGAGAAUUCCCAAGAUCUGACAGCACAUCAAGAGCUUCUGACUCAAGAGGCAAACACAAACGGGAGGGGUCACCGCCCCCACCUGCUCCCCAUAAGAGAGCCAAAGCUGUGGGUUCCCUGAACACUAUUGACAGGUUCUUCAGGUAAAGUUUGUGGGAAACAGCGAUUGGAAAAUCAAGAGGAUACUCAGCACCCAUCGCCCUACAUCCUGGUCUCCACAUACCGUAUCACUGAGGGAAGCAGCAUAUGUAGACAUGUUGGAUUCCCACCUAAUUCAACCAGCAAACCACAGCAAUGAUUGUCUUUUCCACUGUGCAGUGAGAAAUGAACUAUUGACAGUUAGAAUGUACACUAGAUCACUUUAUGACAUUAUUUAUUCCCUUGAAAUUAUCAUUAUUAUUGCUACAAAAUCAAAAUGUAUGUUUUUCUGUAUCAAACUACAAUUUUAUAUAGUAGUUUAGACAGAAGUUAUCAGGCAAGCUUUCUUUCACGGUGCUUGUGUAGGAAUUAUGCUUGUGCUGACCUGUGUAUUGGAGCUUUACCUUGGUAGUCUUGCUGUAUCUUGGUUUGUAAAAUGAAUUGAGGGAUGCUGUCUUAAUAGUUCUGUGCUUUUCUCUUGAUGGAUUCAGUAUAAUUUCAUGUCUUAUUAGUGCUUUAAUAUUUUGAAUGCCUAGGUUUUAGAUAUGUGUACUUUUACUGCAGUAAAAUAUUGUUAUUGCAGUAAAAAUAAAAAAUGGGAAAACCUGCUUUCUGUGAAAUGUAUUCAAUAAAAACACUCGACUCCAAUAAAAAUGAAAUGUAUGUAAAAUAUUCUUUAUGUGCUAAAUCUAUAACUCAGUACAUCAGUAAAUUACAUAUUGCAAUGUGAUUUUAGGAAAUUGCCUAACUGUUAAUGCGUAAACUAUCAACCAGAGUAUUGACUAAAUUUGUUUACUAUGUUGUAAUUUACAUAAAUACUGUUAUCUUGUCAUUGUGUAAUGAGGAUGCGUUUACCAUUAAUAUGAUUGCAAGUAGUUAGUUUUUAUGGUGUGUAUGAUGACCUGGGGAUAAACAAAAUUGAUUGUAA